GAACAGGUAAUGUUUUGGCAUAUGCAACAAAGUGCAAAUCAUGUAGAGUGUGCGAUCAUGCAAAGAAAAAAGGCAAGCAGCCAAGGAGACAUGACUGCAGAAAGAAUCAUGUUGGUUCAUCCAAAACCAUGGAACCAGCAGUUGCAUGUGAACUGUGGAAUUCGGCUCCCAAAGAAAAAGUAAAAUUUUCAAUUUAUGUAGGUGAUGAUGAUACCACUACACUUUGUCACUUAAACCAGAAUGUACCAUAUGGAGUCGAGAAGUGGUCAGUUAUUGUCCAUGCCAAACGUUCGCUUAUAUCAAGGUUGUACAAUAUUUCACUUCGUUCCAAGUUUGAAAAUUCAUCAGCCUUGAGUCAAAAAGUUAUAAACUAUUUUGGGAAGUGUUUUACAUAUAGUGUUGCACAAAAUCGUGAUGUAAACAACUUAAAAUCUGCAAUAAAAAAUAUUGUUCCACAUGCAUUUGGAGAUCACAAAGGUUGCUGCUCAUCGUGGUGUGGUUAUAAAAAAGAUCCCUUGACAUACCGACAUAAAGAUUUACCGUACAAUCGAGACUUGCAGGGAAAUGAAUUGAAAAGCAUACUUACCAGUUUGUUUGAUGAAUAUGCCACAGAUACAGUAGCUCAAAAGCUUACACCAUUUGCUAACUCGCAAAGAAGUGAAUCCUUGAAUAGUACCAUAGGAAGCAAAAAUCCAAAAAUCCGUUAUUAUGGUGGGAGUGAGAGCAAUGACUUUCGUGUUGCUUGCGCAGUUGCACAAAAGAAUAUCGGAUUUAGUUACGUUGAUAAAACACUAAAUUCUCUUGGCAUAGAUCCUGGUGUCACUUGCAGCUUCCACAAUUCUACAAUGGACAAGAAACAACAAUGUGAUAAAAAAAGAAAAUCUUCAAAGGAGUAUAAGAUCAGGAGACAUCAGCUGCAAUCUGAGAGGAUCUCAAAAACUGCAAGGAAAGAGGCAAAAGAAGGAAAAACUUAUGAAACAGGUAUUGGGCUAAAUCUGGAAAAGGAAACUACAGUUACAACUACAGGCAACAAUACAGAUGUUGAUAAAAUUGUUAUGGGCAUAACAAAUAAUAAGCAAUUAUAUGAAGACUUGAUGAAACUAGUUCCACCUUUCACUGAAAGACCAGCAAAAGAAUACCUAAGUCAUGAUCCUGAUAAAACAUACCAGUUUGUAUUAUUUGACAUUGAAACAACAUGCACUGGUAAACAGGCAGAGAUCUGUCAACUAUCGGCAAUAUGUCAAAAUGGUGACACCUUCUCUUCAUAUAUUCUGCCCAAUAAUUCUGUUGGAUAUUAUGCAUCGAAAGUCAAUAAUCUCACAGUAGAAACCAUAAAUGGGCAAAGAACAUUGUGCAAAGAUUUGAAACCAGUAAAUUCAGUAUCUCUUCAAAUAGCACUACAAACAUUUAUAAAAUUCCUACAAGAUCAACAAAACUUAAUUAGGCCUACCUGUUGUACAAAUACAGUCGAAAAUGAGAACCUCGUAACUGUCCUUGUUGGUCAUAAUGCUGCCACAUUCGACGUUCCUACACUUCUUCGCAAUGCCGGUAAUAAUUUCGAAGAACAACUGCACAGCAUGAAAAUUUGUUUUGGAGACAGCUUGCCGCUUAUAAGAUCAUUGAUAUCCAAUCAACAUGCCCCACUAAAGCAAUCGAACGGCCAAUUCUGUAAAGCAAAUCUUGCCAGUGUUUACAAAUGUCUAUUCGAUCAAGAUUUCGAUGCACACGAUGCUUUAGAAGACGUGAUUGCACUAAAGAGAAUCUUGUUCAGUCCAGAAAUGAGCAUUGAUGUAAAAACAAUAGUGGAUCGCAGCCAGAUAUCUUCAGUUCGUGCCAUGAAAUCUGAUAUGGAAUUCAUCGAUUUUCGCCAUGAUCGUUAUCAAACUUUCGUUGGAAACCUUCACUGUCCAAACGAAGAUCAUAGUCCCAUCUCACAUGGUAUGGCUCUGAAAAUUGCAGGUAGUGGACUCUCCUACAGCGAUCUUCACAACUUGUGGCAGAAAUUUGGGGAAACUGGAGUCGUUGGAAUACUGUUCAUGCCGCCAUACAACCCGAAGGACACGCGAAGUACACCAUCGGACAAAAAUCACCUACGAGUGACGAAGAGCAAAAGGAUUCUAUCGAAUGUCGUGAAAUACUUUCAGUCAU